AUGGGGAAUGUGGAGGUGGCCGAGAGCCACUUCCAGGCUUGUGCCAGCCGGGUCCUGGCCACGCAGGGCACCGGGAAAUUCCCCGCUGACCUGGCGCUUCUAAAAAUAGCGGGAUGGGGAUGGGUGUGCCUGCUCCGCUGCACCCUGCUGUCGUCCCUCCUCCUCCUCCUCGUCUGCAGCAUCCAUGAGACGGAGCAGAACAGCUACUGCCAGCAGAUCAUCACGGAGAAGCACCUGGCUGAGCUGGAGGAGCUGGCUGACACCCAGAUGCAGCACCCGGGCAGGGUCUCCUUCAAGUUCAUCGAUAAGAUGCAGUUGAAGGACCCCGUCUGCUACGUGAAAGCCGCUUUUCCUCUGCUGGGCAAGAUCCUGGAGCGAACGGAGUUCAAGGAAAACUCGUCCAACGCCAAGAAGAUGCAGAUGGUGCGCAGGAUGUACAGCCGCAUCGAUGAGAACGUCGACCCCUGCAUCAGGGAGGAGGAUGACAAGGAGAGGAAGCUCUCGCAGAUGUGCUUCAAGGAGUUCACCACCUCCCCCUACGAGAUGCUGGUGCUGGUGAAGCAAUUCUUCCAAGACAUCGACCAGCUGCUGCAGAACCAGGAGACCUUCGAGAAGGACUGCAGCCAGGUCUACCAGAGGACCUGCAUGGGGCCCAAGAAGGCCGGAUCCUCGCCAGGUGUGGGGACAGAUCCUGACUGCAAUUGCCUGUCCCCUGCCCUCCCUUCUGCCACCCAGCCCUCCCUCUCUGCUGCCACCCAUGCCAGCAGGGAGGUGGCACCCGCUAGCACCCGGGUCCCUUCCAGCCUCCUCCAUGCCACCCUCACUGACUUAGAUGCCCCGUCUCAGCCCCCCAGUAGCAUGGACGGCGGCUCAGGGACCGAGGAGGUCCUGGGUGCCGGGGUAGGUGACACGGCGUCGGUGCCGUCCCCCGCGAUGCAGCAGACAGCUCCAACCGACAGCGCUGAAGCCCUCCUGGAUCCGGCCGGGACCCUUAGCCUGGUGGCGGUGGACGUCUCCAUCCUGCGUGGGGAUGGAGAGCUGGUGGAGGGGGGCAUCGAAACAGUAGCCGGCCACCCGCCGCAGGAUCCGGCCCAGCAGCGGGCAGCCUCCGUCCUCCCGGAUCAUCCCAGUGGGCUCAGGACCACCACGCCGGCAGCAUCCCCCAGCGCCGGCUCGCCCCUGAUAUACAUCACGGUGGCCAGCGUGGUGGCUGUCUUGCUGGCCAUGGGAGGGCUGCUCUUCUACAAGUAUAAAUCCAGGGUCCUGGAGCGGCCGCUGGAAGAUGGAGGCUGCGACCCCGAGGAGCCAGAGAGGAGGGCGCUGCAGGGAGCAGGGGGAUGUCCAGAGCUGGAGACUCAGGAGCUCUAA